AUGAGCUCCUACCGCUGGCACACAGGGAGCAGUGGGGAGAAAGGAGCUGGAGGCUUCCGAUGGGGCCGGCUAGCAGGCUGGGGAAGGGCGCUGAGCCAACCAGAGACCACCGCCAGCAGCCAACCAGCACCUCGUUCGCUCUUCCGCCGGGUUCUCUCUGCACCCCCGAAAGAACCGAAGACCAGCCGCCUCAAGCUAUCCAAGACUCUGUGGGGGAGGCAUAAGAGUGCACCGUUGGAGCCGGAGCCAGGGCCAGAGCCAGAGCUAGAGGCCCCAGGGCUGGAGCCAGAACCAGAGCCUCCUGCCCCACAGAUCCCAGAGGCCCCUGCGCCCGAUGUACCUGUCUGGGACAUUGGGGGCUUCACCCUACUUGAUGGAAGACUGGUGCUGCUUGGUGGUGAGGAGGAGGGUCUCCUCCGAAGGCCCCGGAUGGGGAGUGGGAGCUCUGAUGCCAGCAUCCAGUUAGCCAUAGGCAACCUCAAGGAUAUAGAUCGGACCCCUGGAAGGCCCGAACCAGAGACUGCUGGUCCCAACCAGGUCCACAAUGUUCGGAGGUUACUCAAGAGGUUGAAAGAGAAGAAGAAAUCCAAGUCGGAGCUGGGAAGCAAUACUCCCCGGGAUGGGCCCCCCAGUGCUCUGGGAUCUCGGGAAUCACUAGCCACCCUCUCAGAGCUGGACCUAGGUGCUGAGCGGGACGUACGGGUCUGGCCACUGCACCCCAGCCUUCUGGGCGAACCCCACUGCUUCCAGGUAACGUGGACAGGCGGGAGUCGCUGCUUCUCUUGCCGCUCAGCCGCCGAGAGGGACCGCUGGAUUGAGGACCUUCGUCGUCACUUCCAGCCAGAUCAGGACAACGUGGAGCGGGACGAGACGUGGCUGAGCGUGUGGGUGCAUGAGGCGAAGGGCUUGCCGCGGGUGGUGGACGUGCGCACUGAACUGUGGCUGGAUGGAGCGCUGCUGGCGCGCACGGCGCCUCGAACUGGCCCGAGUCCCCUUUUCUGGGCUGAGCGCUUCCACUUCACCGGUUUACCGCCCGCUCAGCGCCUGUCGCUGCGACUGCGGGGCGCAGGCCCCGGGGGCACGGUACUGGGCCGGGUGGCAUUGGCGCUGGCGGAGUUAGGCGCACCCUGCGGCCCCGCUGCCGGCCUGGAGCGCUGGUUCCCACUGCAAGGGGCACCAGCAGGCGCCGCGUUGAGGGCGCGGGCCCGAGCGCGGCGGCUGCGAGUGCUGCCAUCCGAACGCUACAAGGAGCUGGCCGAGUUCCUCACUUUCCACUACGCGCGCCUCUGCGGGGCGCUCGAGUCGGCGCUGUCCGCUCAAACCAAGGAGGAGCUGGCGGCGGCCAUGGUGCGCGUGCUGCGGGCCACUGGCCGGGUGCAGGCACUGGUGACAGACCUGGGCACUGCAGAGCUGGCACGCUGCGGAGGCCGGGAGGCGCUGCUGUUCCGGGAAAACACACUGGCCACCAAAGCCAUUGACGAGUAUAUGAAGGUGGUGGCACAGGAUUACCUCCAGGAGACCCUGGGGCAGGCGGUUCGGCGUCUCUGUGCCUCCACUGAGGACUGUGAAGUGGAUCCCAGCAAGUGCCCAGCUGCCGAGCUACCCCAGCACCAGGCCAGACUGCGAGAAGGCUGUGAAGAAGUCUUUGAGAACAUCAUCCACUCCUAUGACUGGUUCCCAGCGGAGCUCCGCACCGUGUUCUCAGGCUGGAGGGAAGCAUGCAAGGCACGUGGCUCUGAGGCACUGGGCCCGCGGCUAGUAUGUGCCUCCCUCUUCCUGCGACUCCUGUGCCCUGCCAUUCUGUCACCCAGCCUCUUUGGCCUGGCCCCAGAGCACCCAGCACCUGGCCCAGCCCGUACCCUCACGCUAAUUGCCAAGGUCAUCCAGAACCUUGCCAACCAUGCCCCGUUCGGUGAGAAGGAGGCCUACAUGGACUUCAUGAAUAGCUUUCUGGAGGAUCGAGGCCCAGCCAUGCAACGCUUUUUAGACCAAGUGGCCACGGUGGAUGUGGAUGCAGCACCCAGUGGUUACCAAGGUGGCAGCGACCUGGCUUACCAGCUGGCAGUCCUUCAUGCCCAGCUCUGCACCGUCUUUGCUGAGCUUGACCAGGCCACCCGAGACAGCCUGGAACCUCUGCCCACCAUCCUGCGAGCCAUCACAGAAGGCCGGCCUGUGCCUGUGUCGGUGCCAAUGCGUCUCCCACCUCCUCCAGUCCAGGUCCAUGCCAGCUUCUCCGCAGGGGAGAAGCCUGGCUUCCUGGCCCCUCGGGACCUACCCAAGCACACCCCCCUCAUCUCCAAGAGCCAGUCCCUGAGAAACGACCACGGCUCGGGGGCUUGGGCCCGGAGGCGACCGGACGAGGAGCUCCCAGCGCGCAGGCCCCGGCCUGUGCAGCGAACGCAGAGUGUCCCCGCUGGCCGCCCCGCCUGCCGCCGCCCGUCCACAGGGCCCCGGCCGCGACCCAAGGGAUCCCUGCGCACCGGUCCCGCGCCCCGCGGCCGACCAUGGACCGGGAUCUCCUCGUCCCUGCCUCGGAAAUCAUCUGUGCCCUGGCAGCGCCAGUUGGAUCAGCCGCGGGACAGAGACCAGAUACCCGGCAAGCACCGACCGGUGGGCAAGCUGGCCGAGCUGCAGAGCGAGGUGUCUGCGGUGCGCGAGGAGCACAAGGAGCUGUCCAGCCUCGUAGAGGCUCUGGGCGCCCAAGUCCGGACCUUGGCGGAGCAGCAGGAGCACUUUCGGAGGCAGCUGCAGGACCUGGACACCAGGUUCAGCGCAGGGAUCUUGCAGUUGGAACCAGAGAGGAAGGCUCUGAGUAGUGAUAGUCAUAGGCUGAAGAGUCUGGAGAACCGCUUGGCUGAGAUGGACCACACUCAGGCCCAGUUGAAGGAUGCCCUGCAAAGCCUCCAGCUUCUGCCCAGGACUCCGGGGACCAGGAACCAACCCGGGCCUCUCAAAGCACCCUGCUCCAACGGAGACACCACCUGA